GGAGCUUACUACUGUUCAUUGUUCUGGACUUAGCUUCUGUUUUACAUGUUGAAUGGUGUACGGGUCAUAAUGUGGCCUUAUAUCCGUUAACAGCGCAGGGCACGACUUGCUAUAAGGUUGGCCAUAUUCCACCCUUUUGCUUCGUGUAUCCCAGAGUGUUUGGUACUGACUUCCUCCUGCUUUCUCGCUUGGGCAGCAAUAUCAGAUUCUAGUCUUCCGACACUGUUUUAUACAAGAUGUCCUUCCUCUACUCCCAAUUCCUUGUCUCGCUGCCCCGUCCCACCACCUCCUGCGCCGGAAAGACUGUCAUCGUUACCGGUUCCAACGUAGGCCUGGGAAAAGAGGCUGCCCGCCACUUCGUCCGACUCGGUGCCUCAUCCGUCAUCCUAGCCGUCCGCUCCAUCGAGAAAGGCGAAGCCGCGAAGAAAGACAUCGAAGCAAGCACAAAAUGUGCCAAAGGCGUUCUACAGGUCUGGAAGCUGGACAUGCUAUCCUACGACAGUGUUCUCUCCUUCGCCGAGCGCGCGAAUAAAGAACUCUCACGUCUCGAUAUCGCGAUUCUCAACGCCGGAACCGCAAGUGCCAAAUGGACCAUUGCCGAGCAGGACGAAAGCAACAUUACCGUCAACGUGGUUUCCACAUUCCUACUCGCAUUUGCGCUUCUCCCAAAGUUGAAAGCGACAGCAAAGCAGUUCUCCACUCGACCGAACCUGACCAUCGUAUCCUCCGAAGUCCACGCCUGGGCCAAGUUCCCGGAAAAGGAUACCCCACCCAACGAGUCCAUCUUCGCGCGUCUUUCGCAAAAGCCUGAUACCGGGAAUCCGGACAUGGGCGAGCGAUACCAGGCCACUAAGCUCCUGGAAGUCCUGAUUGUGCGCGCCAUGGCGGAGGAAAAGUCCGCCGCAUAUAUCCCCAUUACUAUCAAUUACGUCAAUCCCGGGCUGUGUCACAGCGAGCUAUCCCGUGAUCUCGGAUUUGGGUUUGAAGUAUUCAAGUUCUUCGUGGCGAGGAGUACGGAAGCGGGGAGUAGGAAUCUGGUGUAUGCGGGACUGCAGGGACCUGAAAGCCAUGGGCAUUACGUAAGUGACUGCCAGGUGCACUUGCCGAGCAAAUGGGUCAUGAGUACGCAGGGUUGGGAGGUGCAGAGGAGGGUCUGGAAGGAGAUAGUAGAGAAAUUGGAGAAGAUCAAGACGGGGGUAACUAGGAGUUUGUCGGAUGAGUGAUAAGAGAGCGUCAUGCGACUGAAAAGAUCAUGCAACGACACUUUGGGCGGCACUUAAUGUAACUUCAGAUAUGAAUGACUCCUGGCCUUUCACAUAAAGCUACUAUGAAAUAAUAUUCAGCCGAAUAUGGCUACGUUUAUCA